UUGUGUGCACGCGCAGCGCACUCCCGUGUCGCUCGCAGUGACUCAGUGGAAGGGUUUACGUUAAACAGUUCUCUCCGGAUCCAAGCGUCACCUCAACGGCCAAAACAUGUCCAAACUGGAGCAGAUCCUCAUCCUAGACCCUCCCGCAGACCUGAGGUUCAGAGGUCCUUUCACAGAUGUGGUCACUGCCAACCUGAAGCUGAAGAAUCCAUCAGAGAAGAAAGUGUGUUUUAAAGUGAAGACCACAGCGCCGCGCAGGUACUGCGUCCGGCCGAACAGCGGCAUCAUCGACCCCGGGGCCACGGUCAUCAUCUCAGUUAUGCUGCAGCCGUUUGAGUACGACCCGAACGAGAAGAGCAAACACAAGUUCAUGGUUCAGACCAUCUUCGCCCCCGCAGCCGCUACAGACAUAGAAGCUGUGUGGAAAGAUGUGAAACCCGAUGAUCUCAUGGAUUCCAAACUCAGAUGUGUCUUUGAGCUUCCGUCUGAAAACGAUAAAGUGAGUCCUCAGAAGAGAAACCUGCUCCAAUGUUUCCGUGCCGCUCCGGGCAGCUUUAGAACGACAGGGUCAAAGGUCAAGGCGUGCAGGCCUGCAGUGGUCAGAGAGGGUCAGAGCAGAGAGCAGGAAAGAGACAUCAGUAGGAGCGACGUUGAGUCUAAACCAGCGCCGGUUCUGAACUCCUCUAAAGCAGACGGGCCGGUGUCAGUGAACGACUCGGAGAAGAAGAAGAUGAUGGAGGAGUGCAAGCGCUUGCAGACGGAGGUCAGCAAGCUCAACGAUGAGAAUCGCCAGCUCAAGGACGAGGGUCUGAGGCUGAGGAGGUCCCAGCGCAGUGAGCACCUCACGAGUAACUCCAGCUCUGCUCUGGGUCUGGAGUCCAGGGCCGGCUCUCUUCCCUCGCUGCUGGUGGUCAUCGCUGCCAUCUUCAUCGGGUUCUUCCUCGGCAAGUUCAUCCUGUAGAGUCAGAGACCCCCGUCUCUCUUUGUUUGGGUUCAUUUGCUGUUUUCUGUUGAGGGCCAGACGGAUGUUAGAGCCAUGAACUGCUUCUGAAAGUCUUCCCCUCAAACGCGUUUCGUUUCACUCAAACUUGAUGGAAAGUGUAAAUGUGGUUUUAAUGGUUCGUCCAGACGAAGGAAGAGCUUCGGACCUUCACCAGAGACACAGGUGCCUCCUCCUGUACAUUCGUUCUGUUCCUAACAACUCCAACGCAGACUGUUUUAUUACUGUAAUUAUCAUUUAUUAAUUAUAUUAUUAAUGUACUUUCUGUCAAAGCAGCAUUUAUCCACACUUUAGUGUCUCAUACUAGAUGACAUUGAAGAAAUAAAAGAAAAAACCUGAA